CCCAAGAUGGCCGCCCUGCCCGGCCAACGCGCCCGUGACCAAGAUGGCCGCCCGGGAGCGCCGCGCGCAACAUGGCGGCCUUCUGGGAGGGGAGGGACGUCACGUCCGGUGGCGGUGGCGCGCGAUGGGCGAGGAGACGGGCGAGGGCCGCCCGGGGGUGGCGGCGACGCUGCGGGCGCUGAACGGGGCCCUGAACGGGGCCCUGGGGCGGCCCGCCGCGCUCUGGGUGAAGGAGAGCGGCGCCCGCAACCUGCGCCACCGGGAUUUCCUGGCGCCGCGGGCCGCGCUGAGCGCCGCCUUUCCGGGCGGGCAGGUAGGCCGCGCUGCGGGGCAGGCCGGGCCGGGAGCGGGGUUUGCGGGAGCUGCCCCCGGCACUGCAGCCCGCUCCCCUCCUCGCGCUCCGCCCGCAGGUGCCCCCCGAGGCGGUGUCGGCGGUGCGGUCGCUGCGGGGCCCGGCGGUGCUGCCGCUGCGGGAGUGCCGGCAGACGCCGGCGGGGCUGGCGGUGCGGGUGCAGCGCCCCGAGGCCUUCCGGCGCCUGCUGGGGCCGGGGCCCGGCCCGGCGCCGCCGCCGCGGGGCUGCGUGGUGCUGCACUGCCCGGCGCUGCGCGGUCCCGGCGCCCCGCGGCCCCGCCACCUCCGCUCCGUGCUGCUGGCCGAGCACCUGGCGCAGCUGCUGCGCGCACAGGGGUGAGUGCCCCCGGCCCGUCCUGCCCCGCCGCGCCCGCCGCGCCCGCCGCGCCCAGCGCCUGCCUCGCCCUCUCUCGCAGGGCCCGUGUCCGCCUGGUGCCCGCGCUCGGCACGGAGAGCUGCUGGGACGUGCUGCGGCAGCUCCGCGUCUGCUGGCCCUCCCGCCCCGCCGGCUCGUCCCUCGCUGAUGCCGUCGCGGCCCUGAAGGCAGCGCUGGGCCGGUGCCCCUGUGCCGCAGCCUGCGAGCAGGGGCCGGGCACAGCCCAGGGUGCCAUCGGUAAGGUGCACCUGAAGAGCUUCGUGGAGCAGCAGGGCUUGCUGGGCUACGACCCCAAUCUAGAUGUGCUUCUCGUGACAGAGAGGACACUGCAGUGCUUGGCUGAGCUGCAGGAAGCUGUUCUGCAGUGCCCAGCCAAAGGCCAGAGCAGUUGCUGCAGCAUCGUGCACGUGGUGAACUGUGAGGAGGAAUUCCAGCAGCAGCAGCUGGAUGUGCUCUGGAGGAUUUUGGAUCCGGGAGCCCACACAGCUUUGCAGAAACACCUUGUCUGUGGGCCAGUGAAGGUGACCAACCCCUCAUCACCCAUUGGGGCAGACCAGUACUUCCAGCUCCGAAAGCGCCAGAUGCACGAAGCCUCCGUGAUAAAGUAUGGGGAGCUUGCACAAGAUGAGGCCUGGACAGAGGUGAUUGACACCCUGACAGUGGCUGCCAUCAAGUUUGAGAUGCUGAGCACUGCUCACCGGAGUCAGAUCACCCUGGACCUGGAGAACAGCAGCAUCUCCACGAAGGGAACGAAGAGUGGUGCCUUUGUGAUGUACAACUGUGCCCGACUGGCCACGCUCUUCAGCACCUUCCAGCAGGCUGUGGAGCGGGGCACAUACCCACCUCUGCCACCAGUGUCUGAGCUGAACUUCUCCUGCCUCCGAGAAGAGGGUGAAUGGCUCCUGCUCUUCAACUAUCUCCUGCCCUUCCCUGAAGUCCUGCAGCAGGCAGCACAGCUGCCCCCACCCUCCAAGGGGAUCCGGAUCACUGCCAACACAGAGGCAGUGUGCAAGUUCCUGAUCCAGCUCAGCAUGGAUUUCAGCUCCUACUACAACCGGGUGCACAUCCUUGGGGAGCCAUUCCCUCAUCUCUUUGACCAGAUGUUUGCUCGCCUCCAGCUGCUGGGAGCAGUGAGGGAUGUGUUCCACAGCGCCCUGGCAACCCUGCACCUCCCUCCUCUGAGCCAGAUCUGAGCCACCCCUGAAGAGCUGCACCAUGGUGUGACAGUCACCUGCACACCACACAUUGUGGGGGGAGAACAGGGCACAGUCUCCAGGCAGGGCAAGGCACAGUUCAGCCCCGUGGAGGUGCUUCCCUUCCCAUGGCCCAUGGUGUCUGGGGGUUGGUCUGUGCUCUCUGCAGCUGUGUCCAGUGUGGGACAUGGAUGCCCCUCCACAUCCACACCAGUAGAAGGGAAAAGGGCUCCCCUGGCACCCCAGAAGCUGGGCUGGGAGUACUGGGGAGGUGGCAGCAGGGACCAAUCACCACAAAGACAGACGAAUGCCAAUUUCACUUCCCUCAAAACUUUAUUGAAAGGUGCUCCGUGCUGGCAGGGAGCUCCUGAGGCUCCUGGCUCCUGUUGGGCUCUGAGCCAAGCCCCAGUAUUGGGGUCCAAUACAUUUGUUGCUGGACAACCCCUCUA